AUGUUCAGUACAUUUGCUGAUGUAUUUGGUUCAGAUGAUAAUGAUACGAAAAUAUUGAAUGGUACAAAAAAUCCAUUCGGUUCAUCAUUAUCAUCAACAGUCGAUCCAUUUGGUAUAUCAAGUGAUAUGAAAUUAUCUGCAUCUUCACAAAAAUUUGAUGAUAGUCCAUUUACAAUCGAAACCACAAAUGAACAAAUGAAUCUAUCUCAUAGUGGAAAAGAUGCAUUAUCGUCAUCUAAUUGGAAUGCCUAUCAAAAUUCUACCAAUAAACCAAAUUUAGAUCAAUCAACAAAAUUUGAUCCAUUAGAAGAUCUACAAGAUAAAACAACAAAUUUAUCUAUUAAUCAUAAUAUCACACACUCAAAAAGUAUUAAUCUUAUGAAUCCAUUUUUAAUUCCAACUAUUUCUAAUGAAGAAUCAACAGUACCUAUUCAAGCAACACAAAUUGAUCUUUUAUUUGAUAUUAAUGUUGAUCCAAGUACAUUACCAACGAUAAAUUCAAAUGAUUCAUUAGCACAUUCUGAUCAAGUUCAAUCAUCAUAUGAUCUUCUUGGUCUUAAUCAAAAAACAAAGCCAUCACCAUCAGUUAAAAUUUUAAAAAGUGAUAGUUUAACUGAUUUACCGAAAAUAAGUCAAACUAAAAACUCUUCACCAUCAUCAUUAAUGGCUAAAACAAAUAUUCCAACAGCAUCAUCAUAUCAUUCAUUACCAAUAAAUGUUCCACCAACAUCGCCAAGUACAUUACGUGCUCAAGCAACAGCAUUAACAAUAAUGACAGGUACAACAUCAACAACGCCAUAUGAUGAUCAAUUUCUUGAUUGGUUAACACAAUCUGAUGAUUUAAUGUGUAGUGUUGAUCCAAAAUUAAGUGGAUCAUCAAAAAAAAUGGAUAUUAAUAUGUUAAAAAGUACUGAAGAUCUUUUAGGAAGUAUUUAUAAACAAUCAAUACCAACAUUAACAACACUUCAGGAAGCAUCACAAGAAUCAUUUGGAUCUCCACCUAUUGUUAGUCCUAAACAAAUGAUACGACGUCCAUCAAAUGAAGAAGUUCCAUCAAUAUGUGUUCAUGAACCAACAUGUGAUCAUAAUGAUAGCAAUGUUGUUCCACAAGGAUAUUUUGAUAAGCAAAAAGAAAAUGAUAAUGAUUCUGAUGAUUCUGAUAAUUCAAAAAUGGUUUUUAAAAUUGGAGAAAAAAAACAUACAACAUCUAUUCAUGAUUCAAAUACUCCUGUGCCAUUAUUACCACCACCACCAUCACCAUCAACAUUAAAAAAAUAUAAAGAAGCUAGUGAUGAUGCUAGUUCAUCAUCAUCAACAACAGACAAUGAAGAUGAACAUGAUCCAUUAGCUGUAUUUCGUUCAAAAUCUCUUAAAAAGAAAACAAAUGAACAACCUGGUAAAAAUCUUAUUACUGAUUGGGAAGAAGAAGAAGCAGGAGACAAUACAAAAAUUAAUCAAGAAAAUGAUACAAAAAUUAAUCAAGAAGAAGUUAGGCAAGAGAAAGCACACUCAAUACCAGUAGAUUAUUAUUUACAUGAACCAGAUUUUGAUGAUAGUGCACCAUUAGAAGCAUAUCAUAAUGAUAUUAAUGAAUUACAAUUACAACAACUUAAUGGAUGGUUAUUACAAAUUCGUGUACCAUUAAGACAAAAAGAUUUAUAUAAGAGUACUUUUCAAAGAUUUAGUGAAACACGUAAUUGGCAAGAAUGUUAUGUAAGAAUAUUUUUUGAUGAAAAAAAAUUACGUUUUUACUUACCUCAAACAAUUGAACAAUCAUUUGCUGAAAUUGAAUUACAAACAUGGUAUCAAUGUACAAAAUUUAAUCUUCAACAAUAUGAUCAAUAUACAAAAAUUCAUACAUUUAAAAUAUUUGAAGCUAAUUAUAGAGAAAUUCCUCAAGUUCGUAUUGAUCGUCUUGUAACUUUACCAGAAAAAUUAUUAAGAAAAUUUACUCGACCAAAUAAAGCACAACAAGUUUUACUUGAUCAUGCAAAUUGUGUUCAACAAGAAAUUGUUAAAUUUGGUCAAUUAAAUUAUACAUACUUAAAACAAUUUUCUAUUAUAUUAGAUGAUUUAUUUUGGUCAAUGCCUGUUACACGUAGUCGUUUACAAAAACAUCUAAAAGAAGAAGUAACUGUUAAAAUCUUAGAUGAAUACUAUGCACAUAUUGAUAAAUAUCGUCAUAUAUGUAAACAUAAAUCUCGUACACGUUUAUUUAUCUUAGCUUUUUUAAAUGGUUAUACACCAACAGUUGAAAUAGGUAUGAAUGAUUGGUUUCGUCAUGGUAAAGAAGUUAAUAAACGUAAUGAAAUAAUUAUUAAUAAAACAUUACAAGAAUAUUGGAUUAAACCAGAACAAGUUGAAUUAGCAUCAAUUAUUGAUGCUAAUGAAUAUGAAAAUACACAUCUACUUAAAUUAGUACCGCCAGAUAGUCAAAAAAUAGAAAUUAUGCGUUUUCGUACAAGACCUAAACAAAAUAUUGAAUUACCACUACAGGUUUAUUGUUUUAUGUCGGUUAUUGAACGUCAAGUAAAUAUUCGAAUUGAAGUUAUUGUAUCAAAUGCAUUUAAUAUAAGUUUAUUAUCAAAAGCAUCAGCUAUGGCAACAAAUGAUAAAACAGCUAAUAUACGAGAUGAUAAUAGUGAUGAUCAAUGUCCAUGUGAAAACAUUCAAAUACGUUUUCCAGUACCUGAUCCAUGGGUUUAUAUGUUUCGAGUUGAAAAACGUUUUCGUUAUGGAGCUAUACAUAGUGUUCGUCGUAAAGCAGGAAAAAUAAAGGGUCUUGAUCGUUUUAUGCUUCAUCGUGGUGAUCCACUUGUGGCAUUAAUGGCAGCUUCAGUUGGUGUAGCAAAAUAUGAACAAGCAUUUCGUUCAAUUGUUUGGCGUAUUGAUCAAUUACCAAAACGAGAUCAAGGUGCUUAUAAAACACAUAUAUUUGAAUGUAAAUUAUCAGUACCAUCAUAUGAUCCAAUGCCAGAAAAAUUUGAACCGACAGCUGAGGUUGAAUAUACCAAGGCACAAGCAUUUAUUUCACAUUGUCAAAUUCGUUCUGUUGCUGUACCAGAAGCUGAAGAAACACCAGAAAAAUGGAUACGUCCAAAAAGUCAUUUUACUUAUACACUUGAUAUCGAAUAUGCAUUUAAAGAAGAAGAAGCAAAAGAAUUUGCACCUGUUGAAAUUGAUAUGAAAGAACAAUCAAUGUCUCAAAGUGAAACAGAAAAUAAUUCACAUUCCGAUCAGAGUGAUUGA